AGGACAAAGCCAGGAGCCAAGGGACUCCAUCCGGGUCUGCAUGUGGGUGGCAGGGAACCAAAUGCUUGAGCCUCCCAGAGUGUGUGCUGGCCGGAAGCUGGAAUCAGGCACAGAGCUGGGACUCUGAUACCGGAUACGGAUGUCCUAAGUGGUGGUUUCACCACUGUGCCAGACACCUACCCUACGCGUAGAUUUGUGACAAGGUCACAUAUGGGAUGGAUGAGAUGAAGCACGCUCCCACGUGGUCAAGGGCUGGUAGAGGGGAACCAGUGCAUUGCUCCAUCGGUUUCCAGGCACGUGAGCCCAGCAGCCGCUGCACCCUUCAGCUCGCGUGGCGUGGACUUUCCAAGAAAACGCAGAGGAAGUGAUUUGGAUCCACCCCAGAUGCUCUUUUUCCCUCGGAAGGAAGCUCAUAGCCAAACUGAGAAGCGGAGGAGAGACAAGAUGAACGGCCUGAUUGAGGAGCUGUCUGCCAUGAUCCCUCUGUGUGGCCCCAUGGCCAGGAAGCUGGACAAACUCACUGUCCUUAGGAUGGCCGUGCAGCACCUGCAGUCCUUAAAAGGCUUGACAAAUUCUUAUGUCGAUGGUAAUUAUAGGCCUUCAUUUAUUCAGGACAGUGAACUCAGACAUUUAAUCCUUCAGACUGCAGAAGGCUUCCUAUUUGUGGUUGGAUGUGAAAGAGGAAAAAUUCUUUUCGUUUCUAAAUCGGUCUCCAAAAUACUCAAUUAUGAUCAGGCUACUUUGACUGGACAGAGCUUAUUUGACUUCUUACAUCCAAAAGAUGUCGCCAAAGUAAAGGAACAACUUUCUUCUCCGGAUGUUUCACCAAGGGACAAGCUGAUCGAUGCCAAAACUGGUCUUCGAGGUCCCCGAAGCUUCCACACUGGAAGGACACGUGUGUGUUCGGGCUCCCGGCGAUCUUUCUUCUGUCGGAUGAGGAGCUGUAAGCUCGCCAUCAAAGAGGAGCAUGGCCCCAUGCCCAAGCCCAAGAGGAAAGAUCAUAGACGAUUCUGCACCAUCCACUGCACGGGUUACUUGAGAACCUGGCCCCCAGAUAUCUUUGGAAUGGAAGUGGAGAGGGACCCCAAGGAAGAUAGAAGCCAUUUCACCUGCCUGGUUGCUGUUGGAAGAUUGCAUCCAUGUGCUGUCCCACAGAGCAGUGCAGGUGUUAAAGUGAGACCGACUGAGUUUGUAACCCGCUUUGCAAUGAAUGGGAAAUUUGUCUACGUAGACCAGAGGGCGACAGCAGUGUUAGGAUAUCUGCCUCAGGAACUACUGGGAACUUCCUGCUAUGAAUAUUUUCACCAAGAUGACCACGGUGAUUUGACGGACAAGCACAGAGCGGUUCUGCAGAGUAAGGAGAAAAUAUUCACAGAUCCAUACAAAUUCAGAGGGAAAGACGGCUCUUUUGUAACUUUAAAAAGCCAGUGGUUUAGUUUCACAAAUCCUUGGACCAAAGAACUGGAGUAUAUCGUGUCUGUCAACACUUUAGUUUUGGGGUGUAGUGACACUGGAGAAGCAUCAUUAUUUCCUCGUAGCUGUCAGUCUUCAGAAGAAUCCUGCAGACAGUCUGGUGUUGGUGUGCCUGGAAGGUCUCCAGGAAUAGUCCCUGGUGCUGGUAGCAUCGGGACAGAUACUGCAAAUGAAGGUCUGGGUGUGCACAGGUUGCAGUCUUCUCCCUCCCUUGAUGACUCAAGUCCAGCAGAUGUAAUGAGAGAGAGACAUGCUGUGCCCUGUGGGGAUGUGUCAGAGGAGUUCUGUCCGCUGAGUCCUGGAGGAAGUGGGCUCCAGGCUGCCAGGCACCACCGGCACAUGGCUGCUGUCCACAGUCAGGAGCCACUGCUCAGUGAUGGUGCCCAGUUGGACUUCGAUUCUCUGUGUGACAAUGAUGACACAACUGUGGCUGCGUUCAUGAAUUACUUAGAAGCAGAAGGGGGCCUGGGGGGCUCCGGGGACUUCAGUGACAUCCAGUGGACACUCUAGCAUCUGGUUUUUACCCCCCAAAAUGAGAAAUGUUUCAAAGCAUUUCAUUUACAAAGCAUUGUCUGUUCUUCAGUAUUGUACUGAUACCAUUUUUAUCUUUUAUUAACGGGCUACUAACUUGAUAGAUUUGCAUCUUAUGCUCAGAAAGGUGUGGAGAAUAGGAUGUUUUCUUCCACAGAGGGCCAUCACAAUUUAUCAAGACCUCCUUUACCUAGUGGAAUGACCUAAAACCCACUAGUUGCCAUAUUUUUGCUGAAGUAUUCCUAACCAAGAUACUACAUACAUAGUUUUUUGGCUUCAUUUGAAUGUUUCUGGUGUGGUUUUUGAGUUGGGGGAAUUUGUUGUCAUUUUCCUUGUGUCUGAGAUUCAUUGAUAAUAGAGUUCUAGUAGUUGGUUUGUGUAGCUGGCAGCAUCUCCCUUUGGCAUUUCCUUGAUUGAGGACAGGGCUUACACAGUUUAAGAAAGCAGCGAGGGCCGGUCCUGCAGCUUGCUUAGCUAAUCCUCCGCCUACAGCGCCGGCACCCCAGGUUCUAGUCCCUGUCGGGGCGCCAGAUUAUGUCCCGGCUGCUGCUUCUCUUCCAGUCCAGCUCUCUGCUGUGGCCCAGGAAGGCAGUGGAGGAUGUCCCAAGUCCUUGGCCCCUGCACCCGCAUGGGAGACCAGGAGGAAGCACCUGGCUCCUGGCUUUGGAUUGGCGCAAUGCGCCGCCAUAGCAGCCAUUUGGGGGGUGAACCAAAGGAAGGAAGACCUUUCUCUCUUUCUCUCACUGUCUAACUCUGCCUGUCAAAAAAAAAAAAAAAAAAAAAAAAGCAGUGAGUACUGGGCGAUUUAAAGGGAAAGUGCAUUUUGGAGCCAUUACCACCAUGAAUCCUCUAUUCCAUUUUUGCAGUUAGGCAACUGCAAAGCCAGUGUAUUUAUGCUCAGUGGAGCACUUUAAGAUAUUUUUAAGUGAGAUAGUUUCUAGUACUUGGUGAUGAAGCUUUGCAUAAAGAUUGACUUUUCACCACUCAAGGUUUUCAUCACACACACAACAGGUUGUCAGUGUUGAAGACCUGCUUAGCCAUUGUUUGGUCCUAGGGAACAAAGUGGGCCCAGGUGGGUUGGCUAUCUUGUGUGGAGUCAUACUUUGUAUUCAUGUCAUUUUCCAUGUUUAAUGUGUGUAUACCAGUUUCUAGCUGUCAGAUUCGUGUCAUUUUCCAUGUUUAAUGUAUAAACCAUUUUCUUUGUAUGCACUUGCUGAAGCACUGGCCUCGCUGGUUACCUGAUUAACUGACUGACCCAGGAACCCGUUGUGGCCAUGUAGCUUGUUAGGCAGUUAAAAUUGUUGUAACUAAAAGCAAUGAAAUAUAUAGUAACUACAAUUUUUAAAUCAUGAGGCAAUGAGAAAUCAUUUAAAAAUUAAUUUUCCUGUUAUAAUUAAAAAUUACUUUAAUUUUUUUUUAUUUGAGAGUCAGAGAAGAGCUACUUUGCAUUGGCUCACUCCCCAAAUGCCCAUAGUGACCAGGACUGGGCCAGGCUAAAGCUAGGGGCUGGUAAUCUAAUCCAGUUCUCCUACAUGGGUGAUAGGAACCAAGUUACUUGCAUCAUCGUCUGCUGCCUCCCAGGGUCUGCAUUGGCAGGAAGCUGGAACCAGGAGCCAGAGCUGAUGAUUGAACUCCGGUCGUCUGAUGUGGGGUGUGGGCAUCCUGACCACUAGAUUAAAUGUGCAUUCCUGGAGAGAGCAUUUCCUAAAAUAGCAAUUAGUCCAGAGUUGGCUCAUACCAAGUGUAAGAAUUAAGACUAUUUUAAAUACUGUUUGUCUUCUUGGGGAUCAUGCUGUCAUAAUACCUUAUGUUCUAAUAGCUCUUGACAGUUUACCAAGUGUGUUCUCAUAGAUUUUCUUCUGUGCCUCAGAAAUGAAAGAGGAUGAAGAACUCAUGGGAUGCCCAUAGGCUCCGGCGUGGAGUUCAGUCCUGUGGGGUUUUGGCUCGUUUUCCUCUGCAGGUGCUGUCCCUUCCGCUGGGUUCCUUCCGGAGUCCCUCAUCAGACAACGUGUGAUUUUACCCUCCACGUUAUGUGUUUAGGCUGUGGCUGAUAGGGCAGAACCUGCAUCAGACGUGUUCGUGAGAAACACACCAACAGACAGUACCAAAGUGCACGCUUCCUCCAGCCGUGAGGUUUGCGUGACUGUGUGGGCGAGGCGGGGUUGGCACCUUGUCCUCUUGAGCUGACAGUGGCCAGGUGAUGUUGGAGGGUCAGCACCAUCUCUAGUCUGACCCUUGAGAAUGUGAGAGCAGCUUUGGAACAAACCACAGAAACCCUCCAAGCAGGAUGGGUCUAGCUGGCCGGCCUCUGGUGGGGCCAGUGUGCGGCGGGAGUGACUUGAGAGGCAGAGUUUCUAGAGGCCGGCAUUUCUGCCUGGCACGGUUGCAGAUUUUUCUCUGCAAGAUGAAGGGUUAGUCCGUAGGCCAUUGGGCAGGGGGCCCCUUGAGCGCUCUGUGCACAGUUUGAUCCUUAAUUAGCCCACUCUAGUAUUUUCUGCGACCCAGAAUCCCACCCAUCGAUGUGUUGUAUGAUGACUUCAUUCUCCCUAGUGUUUUCUUCCACGUGCAUUCUAUUCACGCUGAUUGCUAUUAGGAGUAGCAGUAUUUCCUUUACUUAGACUGUUUUACUUCUUUCUCUUACAAAUUAAUUUCUUUGAAUUUUGUUGAGAACUAAUACAUACACAUAUUUCACAAAAGUAUCAUUAAAAAACCUUUCAUUUUUUACAACAAUUCCUGCUACCAUAAUAGAGCAGACUGGGAAGGCUGCCUAGAGUUGGAAACUCUGUCUCGAGUAGGAAACUUAGCUGGAUGACCUCAGGCAGGCUGUUUAAACCCUGUGUGCCUCAGUUUCUUCAUUUGCAAAAAGAGGUGUGUUCUCUGAGUCUUCCGCCUGCUCUGUUUCUAUGAUUCUGACCUGUGGGUUGUGCUUCAGGGUAGACCCUACGUCUGUGCUGCCUGGUGUGCUUGCUGUGGCCGCAUGGAACUGAGCACUUGAAAUGAGAGGUGUUGCAAAUGUGCAUUGCAUAUCCCAUUUCAGACCCAGUCUUCCAUAAGAAUCUAAAGUCGCACAUUAACAAUUUUAUAUUGAUUGCAGCAUCAUGAUAUUUUGGAUAUUUUGAAAUAAAUAAAACAUUAGAAUUUUACUUGUAUCUUUUUACUUUUUUAAUGCAGCUGCUAGAAACCUUAAAAUUGCACAUGUGCUCAUAUUUCUCAUGGACAGUGUUGCUCUAGAAUGUUUUAUUAAGAUUAAGAGGAUAUUACUGAAAUAGACCAUCAUAAGGAUAGUAGUUAUCCAUAAGGAUAGUAGUUAUCAUAAGGAUACCUCUAAAUACUGUCUUUUUUUUUUUUUUUUUUUGACAGGCAGAGUGGACAGUGAGAGAGAGAGAGAAAGGUCUUCUUUUGCUGUUGGUUCACCCUCCAAUGGCCGCCGCAGCCGGCACACCGCGCUGAUCCAAAGCCAGGAGCCAGGUGCUUCUCCUGG